CUGACCCAGCUACGAAGCGGGCAUGUUGGCCUUUUUGCGUACCUAGCGCGGGUCCGGGCUGUGGACUCGGCACUGUGCACGACGUGCGGGACCGAGGAGACGGUGGACCACUAUCUCUUCGAGUGUCGGCGAUACAAGGACGCACGUCAUCGUCUCCGGGUCGCAGUUGGAGGUCGACGGCUGGAUCGCGCGUGCGUGCUCGGCGAGGUCAAGAAUCGGGCGGCACUUCUGGCCUUCGUGCAGGAGACGGGCAGGCUAGCUGCCUAUGCGGAACGCGCAUCAUCGGGCUAA